AACACGAUAGAACAAUGACGGCCAACGACAAAUUUUAUGAAAAAAAAUUAUGCCUUUUUGAAGAAGUUCAACAUGGCAGGAGAUCAGGCGCAAUUUUACCAAUUAUUAAAUACUUUAUUAUCUCCAGAUAACGACAUCAGAUCCCAAGCAGAAGAGGCAUAUAACAACAUCCCAACUGAGACAAAAGUAGCACACCUGGUGGGAGCUAUCCAAAAUGCAGACCUUGGUGAAGAUGGCAGACAGACAGCAGCCGUGUUUCUGCGGCGGCUCUUCAGUGCAGAGUUCUUUGAAUUCUUUCCCAAGAUGCCUUUUGAGCAGCAGAGAAUGCUACGAGAACAGCUACUCUUGACUCUCCAAAUGAAUGUCAGCCAGCAAUUGAGAAGAAAGAUUUGCGAUGUAGUUUCUGAGCUUGCAAGAAACCACAUAGAUGAGGAUGGUGUUAACCAGUGGCCAGAGUUCUUGCAGUUCAUGUUCAAUUGUGCCAACUCUCAGGAUUCCAACAUCAAAGAGGCUGGCAUCAGGAUGUUCACGUCUGUCCCUGGUGUAUUUGGCAACCUUCAGAACGAAAAUUUGGACCUUAUUAAACGGAUGUUGCUGUCUGCGCUGGCCCCUACAGAGUCUGAAGCUCUCCGCAUCCAAACUGUGAAGGCAGUUGGUGCAUUCAUACUGCUCCAUGAGAAAGAACCGGCCAUCCAGAAACAUUUUAGUGACUUGCUUCUGCCUGUUAUGCAGGUGAUUGCACUGAGCAUUGAGCAAGGUGUGGACGAUUCUGCUCUUAAAGUGCUUAUUGAACUAGCAGAGUCUGCGCCCAAGUUCCUGCGCCCUCAACUGGAAAACAUUUUCCAAGUUUGCAUCAAGGUGGUGGGUGACAAGAACCAAGAGGACACAUGGCGUCAGCUGGCUCUGGAGGCCAUGGUGACGCUGUGCGAGACGGCGGCCGCUAUGGUGCGCAAGCAGGUGCCCGACGGCAUCCGCAUGCUGACCCCGCUGGUGCUGGAGAUGAUGUGCGAGCUCGACGACGAGGACGACUGGGCGCUGCAGGACGACGUCGCUGACGACGACAACGAGAACAAUUACGUGGCGGCGGAAUCUGCUCUAGACCGUAUGUGUUGCGGGCUGAGUGGCAAGAUAAUGCUGAGUCUGAUCGUGGGGCAAGUGCCCAGCAUGCUGGCAUCCGAGGACUGGCGCCGGCGACACGCAGCGCUUAUGGCGGUGUCGUCGGCCGGCGAGGGCUGCCACAAGCAGAUGGAGCAGCUACUCGACCAAGUCGUCUCUGCUGUGCUCAACUAUCUCACCGACCCGCAUCCUCGGGUCCGCUACGCUGCGUGCAACGCCAUUGGACAGAUGUCGACGGACUUUGCGCCCAUCUUUGAAAAGAAAUUCCAUGACAAAGUAGUGCCUGGACUUUUGUUAGUGCUUGACGACAACGCUAAUCCGCGAGUGCAGGCACACGCGGCUGCUGCUUUGGUUAACUUCAGUGAAGACUGUCCAAAGCCAAUUUUGACACAAUAUUUGGACCCCUUGAUGAAUAAACUUGAAGAAAUACUGACAGCCAAAUUCAAAGAGCUUGUAGAACGCGGUACGAAACUAGUGCUGGAGCAAAUAGUGACCACCAUCGCGUCUGUGGCCGACACUGUGGAGAAGGACUUCAUCCAAUAUUAUGACCGCCUGAUGCCGUGCCUCAAGUACAUUAUCGCCAACGCCACCACGCAAGAGCUCAAGAUGCUGCGCGGCAAGACCAUCGAAUGUGUCAGUCUCAUUGGGCUGGCGGUGGGUGAAGAAAAGUUCAUGUCGGAUGCGUCAGAAGUGAUGGAUCUGCUUCUGAAGACCCAUACGGAGGGCGAGCAGCUGCCUGCCGAUGACCCACAGACUUCGUACCUCAUAUCCGCUUGGUCGCGCAUCUGCAGAAUUAUGGGCAAGAAGUUCGCCCAAUACCUGCCGAUGGUGAUGGACCCGGUGAUGCGCACGGCCGCCAUGAAGCCGGAGGUGGCGCUGCUGGACAACGAGGACCUCGAGAACAUCGACGGCGACGUCGACUGGCACUUCGUCACGCUCGGCGAGCAGCAGAACUUCGGCAUCAAAACUGCCGGGCUGGAAGACAAGGCAUCGGCGUGCGAUAUGCUGGUGUGCUACGCGCGCGAGCUGAAGGAGGCGUUUGCGGAGUACGCCGAGGACGUGGUCAAGCUGAUGGUGCCGAUGCUGAAGUUCUACUUCCACGACAACGUGCGCACCGCCGCCGCAGAGUCGCUGCCCUAUCUGCUCGAGUGCGGCCGCAUCCGCGGCCCGCAGUAUAUACAGGGCAUGUGGGCAUACAUCCUACCAGAGCUGCUGAAGGCCAUCGACUCUGAACCCGAGUUGGAAGUGCAGGUGGAGCUCCUCAAUAGUCUCGCUCAGUGCAUCGAGUUGCUGGGCACGGGCUGCCUGUCGGACGAGUCUAUGGCGGAGGUGCUGCGCAUCCUCAACAAGCUGCUCACCGAGCACUUCGAGCGCGCCACCGAGCGCCGCCAGAAGCGCUCCGACGAGGACUACGAUGAGGUGGUCGAGGAGCAGCUGGCGGACGAGGACAACGAGGACGUGUACGGGCUAUCGCGUGUAGCAGACGUUCUGCACGCAUUGCUGUCGGCGUACCGCGAACACUUCUUCCCGCAGCUGGACACGCUGCUGCCGCACCUAGUGCAGUUGCUGGCGCCCGGUCGGCCCUAUGCCGACCGGCAGUGGGCGCUCUGCAUCUUUGAUGACGUCAUCGAGUUUGGAGGCCCGGCGUGCGUCAAAUACCAAAACAUAUUCCUGGAGCCGAUGCUGGGCGGGCUGCAGUCGGGCGAGGCGGAGGUGCGGCAGGCGGCGGCGUACGGCUGCGGCGUGCUGGCGCAGUUCGGCGGCGAACAGUUCGCGAGCGCCUGCGCGCGCGCCGUGCCGCUGCUCGCCGCGCUCAUCGCCGAGCCCGGCGCGCGCGCCAUUGAGAACCUUAACGCUACCGAGAACGCCAUCUCUGCCGUCACCAAGAUCAUCAAAUACAACCACUCGCAAAUCAAUAGGGAUGAAAUUAUCAGGCAUUGGCUGACAUGGCUCCCGGUAGUGGAAGACACAGAAGAGGCGCCGCACGUGUUCUCGCUGCUGUGCGAGCUGGCGAGCAGCGGACACGCAGCGCUGUCGUCGCCGGACGCGCCGCAGCGGGUCAUCGCCGUGCUGGCCGAGGGCUUCCUGCGCGACGCCGUGCCCCGCGACAACCCCGUCUAUGCGCAGAUGGUCGCGCUCGUCAGGCAAAUACAGAGCAACACGGAAUUGUUCAACUCGUGCCUCAUGCAGCUGGGCAGUGAACACAAGGAGGCGUUGGAGAUCGCUCUCUCCACCUAAGUAUCCGCCACAGGCCUCACUCAUCAGAUUCACUCCACUCCCUAAGCCAAGGCUGGAAAUGGUGUUACGCUGACGUUGGUUUAAACGUUCACUACGGCAGUAUAUACAGUUUCCUUUUGUCGGUGGGAAAGAAUCAGGAAUUUAAUGUGUAAUUAGUAUAACUCUUACAACUAAUUCCGAUUAACGCCGAUAUGGUCGCUAUCUAAUGAAGAGUCGUUUUAUGACAGUAGACUGUCCAGUGUAUCUAUUUGUAAUAGUGUAGUGUUGCAGAUCAGCAAUGCAUUUAUGUAUACUCGACUCGAUUUAUGUAUAGUCGACGUUAGGCCACUAAUAUCAGCGUAGCACUCCGCCUGAAUCUUGCUCAUCCGUUGCCAGGUUCCACCCUCAUCACAUCAAGACAAUGCUUACUCCCGCGUCAAACGCCUGCCUCUACACGUAUAACUACUUUAUUAUGUAAUAAAACAUUUAUAUUGUAAUGUUUAGUGUUCCGAAUGGAUGAAAUGACUGAUGAUUACAUAAAUUGUUGUAAUUACUACAGAAUCUGAGCAUUUUCUUUCCUUUCCAAGGAUUGUUUCUCUUCGAUCUCACUGAUCCAUGAUGGUCUAUCUGUUGGGGCUUAUAAAAUUGCUGUGAUAUAUUUUUGUAAUAAUUUUUGAUACUUUCACGCUUGAGACGUAAAUUCUACUAUAGCAUCUUCAUUGGCGCGCUAGAUGUCGCUUUCGAGACAUUUUUAUAUUUAUUCUUUGAACAUAGUUUUUUAGUUAAAAAAUGCGAGGAGGUCCAAUUUUUUAUCAAGUAGAUACCCAUCGUUCAUUUGCAUCACACUGAUAAAUAUAAUCAUUAAAUACAUGAUAAAAAAAAAUUACGUUCCAUACAUUGUACAUUGUAUAGUUUUUUUCAAAAAUUGGACCAUACGCAUGGAUUUAAAGUUUGCCAUAUUUCGGCUACGAUGGGAACUUGGUGGCUGUCUCUCGCAAUGGACGAGAUGUCAUGUCUGUUUAUAAGAAAUAAUUUUAUUCAAUAAAAAUAUAUAAUAUUAUAUAUACACAUUUUUUGUUUAACUAAAAUAAAAGUUAUUGACAUUGUAA